CACGCUAAUCUAGGCUCGUUUAGAGCACCAGCAGCUGGAACUCUUCCAGUAUUGAGCUGCUGCUUCCGCCAUGCAGACUCGCUCAUUCCAGAUUCACUCGCCACCUCUCUAAUGGAAAGGCUUUUAUCAACGACACCAGUAGAUGAUUCCUGCUGGGCGAUCUCAGGAUGCACUCGGUCCCCUAUAAGUCAUUAUCGGCCAUACGCGCCAAUGGUAGCCAUAGCCGCUGGCAGCUGAUUACUACAGCACGUUCUACAAAAUGAGCUCUAUUUCAAUAGGUGUUUUUUUGAUGGCAGCGUCUAUAGUACAGAGUAUGGACUUGCGCUCGAUUUCAGAAGGCUUUAAAGAAACCCUACGAAAUAGCGAGAGCCUAAGACAGAUUCACGUGUUGUUCCGCCAUGCUGAACGAACGCCCACUGCGCUAUAUCCGACGGACCCGAACAAACCUUCAGAGUUCACGGAGGGCCUCGGCAGAAUCACAAUCGAAGGCAAAAAGCAUAUGUAUAGAAUGGGUAAUCAACUCCGCAUACGAUACAAAGACUUUUUGACUUUUGACACGAACGAAAUUAAGGCCCGUAGUUCUGGAAGAGACCGCUGCAUUGAAUCGAUGCAGACGAUGGUCGCCGCUUUGUACGAGCCUAGGAACGAUCAGAAGUUCGAGCCUCGCCUUGCAUGGCAGCCUGUGCCGAUUGCAAGCAUGCCUGUCGACAUUGACGGGAUGCUAUACGAAGAUGCUACUUGCCAGAAGGACAACGAAGCCAUUGAAGAGCUUCGUAGCACCGGCCAGGGCAAAGAGGUCAUGGCAAAAUAUAAGGAUCUUAUGGAGAACUUGGAGAAGAACUCUGGUAAGAAGAUGAACGAUUGGGUUAGCGUGCGUGAUCUUCUCGAUACGCUCACUAUUGAGAGCAACCUUGGGCUCAAGAUUCCGAAGUGGGCGGAUAGCGAAACGCUUAAACAGAUGGAGGAUUGCGCUAAAUAUGCUACCCUACUCAACUACCAGCAGGAUCAGAGGAUUCGUUUUCGAGCUGGUCUUCUCCUGAAGGAUGUGGUGAUGCACUUCGACGACGUCGUUAAUAACUCGCCGAAACACAAGAUUUACGCGUAUGCAUCGCACGAUGUUCUGAUCGCGGCUUACCUGAGCGCAUUUGGUGUCUUCAAUGGCCUCCAUGUACCAUCAUCUACAGCUGUUAUUAUCGAGUUGCAUGAGAGUACCCCUGGGCAAUUUUACAUCCAGAUGUUCUUCCGUAACAACACACAAACUGGAGAACUACUGCCGCUCCUGGUGUCAGGUUGCACGCUUGCAGGCUGUCAACUCCCUGUGUGGAAGAAAAAGAUCGAACCUUUUAUUCCCGAAGACUGGCGUAAGGAGUGCGGUGAAGUGCCAUUUCCGGUCCCUCUGUAUGACUCACACUAACUGAUCAUGUACAGACGCCAUUUAUAAUGACUUUUGAGGAAGAAAUGUUUAAGGAAAUGGAAAGAUCGUAUUGAUCUCCAGGUGCUGUUUUUAUUUCUUUUUGGAUGGUUAGAGUGAUGCCAAUAGAAGUUGGGUAGGCUGAAAAAGACUUACUAACCAACAGUCAUAGUAGCGACGUUCAGCUUGUCGUAAUCAAUGGGCGGGUGCCGGAAACACUGGAAAUAGACAGCUGACUGAUCGUUUUAUUAACUUUCGUAACGCAAAGAUUGGUCCGCCGUAAUCCAAGGGUAAUAUAAUUGAUAAAUAAAUUCAUGUAACAUCUCAAACCGUUACCCCAUCGAAUAAGUGAAGCUGACUAGCAUCUCCUAUUUUAUGUUAAAGCAUUUCAUUUUAGUUUUAGGUCAGGGCGGAAUAUGAAGUAGCAGACAUUUACGAAGAUGACAUGAAGCUUAGAAGACCGAGUAUGCAUUGAGUUGGUCCAAAUUCAAUGCAAAUGUUAUUCAUCAGAGUUUUUUUUAUCUAGAAAUCAUACUAUGAUCUUUUGCAUGCGAUAUAUAAAACGUCGCUAUAAAGUGUCUUAGUUUACGGUUUCUGUAGUCCAUAAAUACGCGUACCCACCGCCAUUCGUAGAGUUAGGAUACGCCGUCCGAGACGAGAAGCUCUGUCACACCUCAAUCAGCUAAUGGAAACCUUUAACUGUAUACAAGUUUUUUCUAUUUUAGACUUGCCAAUAUCGCAAACUGCUAUCAUAUUAUUUCUAUCAAAGAAGUGUUAUCAGGAAAGCGACCAGGAGCAUUUGUCUUAGACAGUCCAUCAGCUCUCCCUAGAUCACCCCGUAUGUGGCCUGCGAAUCUAUGACUCGUGCAGUUGCCCAACAAACAUCGUAUUGAAAGUAGCAAAUGUCAUUGUGAUUCGAAUAGGCGCCCCGAGGGCAACGCAAAAGUGACGAGGCGCAAAGCGGUACCGAGAGAGACAUAGGUCAAUUUACAACUAAGCACUAAACAAAUAAAAAGGCAACCAAAAACAUACAAUAAAAACCCCGACUUGUUUUGAUAUCGACACCGAUUUCAAGCAGAACUUCGCUAAUAAAGGAUGCACACCUCAUUCGUUUGCUGCUAUUCCAUUCCGUCGUGUGUUCUGUGAAAGGGUGACACGAAUUCUGGAGGCAGUUCAUGUUUACUCUGAAAGCUAACUGCUUUCACUAAGAGGUCAGGAGGGCAAACUCUUCAGCGAGCAUUUGAUGUUGAGCAGCGAGGUUGUAUUGUUUAGGCCGUCUUCAUAGUUUCUAGACUUCUUCA